GUAGAAUACCUGGCGAGGCAAGAACCACAAGUAGAAUCUGAGCAAUCAGUCACGUUUUCCUGGAUAUUUAAACAUCACCUCUCCCACCUUCAACCAUCAUCUUCUCUUCUCUCAAUCAUCCACCACAACAAUCAACUUCCAACAUCUACCACUACAAACAAUCACAAACAAUCACCAAGACUACUUGUCUUCUUCAAAUCAAUCAACAUGGACACCGUCAAGAACGCCGCCAACUACGUCUCCGAGACCGUCCAGAGCGCCACCUCGGGUGCUUCCAAGGAGGCCAACAAGGAGGUCGCCAAGGACAACAACGCCAGCCUUGGAACUCGUGCCGAGGCCGGCAUUGACGCCCUCAAGGACAAGGGCAACGAGCACAAGCACGAUGCUUCGGCCACCGCCAACAAGGAGGCUGCCAAGCACUAAGCAGUUCACCAUGCAUCCUCAUCGCUUCCACGAAUGGGACGCAGCUUUCUUCUCAUGACAAAUUCAGACGGCGUUUCGGACAUUUGCGAGGCAGGGACAUCAUGAAUAGGGUUUUUUAAUUGGGAUUUCACUUCGUCGACACAAUACCCUUUAGGCAGAUUACUUAGUCUAAUUCAUUCAGACGAUUGAUAACA